AUGUUCCGAAAUGACAAUUCGGGAGCAUAUUCACCACUUCCGAGCUUCAACGACCGCAACUCAGAAAAAGGAUCAUCGUCACCAUCAGAAUCAUCAUCGCAGUUCUCUUCAGCAUACUCGGCAUCAUCAAGAUGGCAAAUCGACCCGCGCACAAUUUCAGAUGCAACACUAGGAUUGAGCGAUGGUUUGACUGUGCCCUUUGCCUUGACCGCCGGUCUAGCAGCUCUAGGUGAUGCCAAAAUUGUCGUGUUUGCUGGAAUGGCAGAAAUUCUCGCUGGCAGCAUUUCCAUGGGAAUAGGUGGAUAUCUGGGAGCCAGUGGUGAAGCACAAUCUGCAGCUACCACAAAAGCAAACACUAUUGGGAUGGUACACACAUCGCCUGCAGAGGCAAGAGCAGCUGUAGUCUCAACGCUGGAGUGCUACGUUUCUGCAGCUCUGCUGGAUGCUGUAGCCGAUGACAUUACUGCUAAUCACGACAAAACCAUCGCCUUUCUACUUGAACACCAGCAUCGCUUUGAUUCUGCGGAUGUGUCACCACGGUUGUACACAAGUGCUGUGUGUAUUGCUUUGGGCUACUUCUUCGGUGGCUUGAUACCGUUGCUGCCUUAUGUUUUAUUUGACGAUGGUGAAGUUGCUCUGAUUUGUUCAGUGGUGGUUAUGGUGUUUACACUAUUCGGUUUUGGUGUAGGGAAGACUGCGCUGUUAGGAGAGAGGAGUUGGAAAAUUAGGACAUAUGAAGGUCUUAAGAUGGUUGGGCUGGGAGGUAGUGCGGCGGCGGCCAGUGUGCUUUGCGUGCGUCUUGUACAUCAGUAG